AUGCGGGAAGCGCCAGAUCUCCGGAUCAACACACUCUCGGCAGCCAUGAGAUAUGAAUUGGCGCUUCUCAUUCCACUGGGCUUGAUAGUCCUACAUCUCCUCGCUUCGCCCUAUACCAAGGUCGAGGAGUCGUUCCAUGUUCAGGCCGUACAUGACAUCCUAGCCCAUGGCUUGCCAUGGGGAUUCAAGGACCCGACUCUCAAUCGCACAAACUAUGAUCAUUUCAAAUUCCCAGGUGCUGUGCCCAGGAGCGCUGUUGGUGCUGCGUUUCUCGCGCUGCUCUCCAAGCCGGUGACGUUGGUCCAGGAUGGGAUCAAUCAACAGCUAUUAGCUCGAGGCAUUCUCGGCCUUCUCAACGCCGCCGCCAUAGCAUACUAUGCAACCGGCCUCCGCCGCGCCUUUGGCAAGACAGUCGCGAUAUGGUACAUCCUCCUCCAGAGCAGCCAAUUCCACCUGAUCUACUACGCCUCACGACCGCUGUCAAACAUGUUCGCCUUCCCCCUAACAACAACAGCACUGCGCCUACUCCUCCCAUCCCCAACCCCAACCAACAAAACAACCAACCAAAAUACAGGCAAAGCCCUAGUCCUCCUCACCUUCGCCGGCGUGAUCUUCCGCUCCGAACUCGCCCUGCUAGUAGCAACACAAACCCUCUUCUCUCUAAUAACCCAAAAGAUCACCCUCAAGACGACAAUCCUCUCCGGCCUAACAGGUGCCCUAACAGCCCUGACCCUAACCCUCCUCCUAGACGGCGCCUUCUGGCAACGCUUCCCCCUCUGGCCCGAACUCGAAGCCUUCCUAUUCAACGUCCUGGACGGGAAAUCCGCAGACUGGGGCACAGAGCCCUGGCCGUGGUAUUUCACCAAUGCCCUGCCGCGCCUGCUUCUCAAUCCGCUCGUGUAUCUCCUCGCUAUCCCCGUUGCGUUGCGGCAGCCUGCGACCCGGACGUCGGCGCUGGGCUUGCUGAUGCCGGGUCUGACGUUCGUGGCCUUGUACAGCUUCAUGCCGCAUAAGGAGUGGCGGUUCAUUGUGUAUAUCAUCCCUUCGGUGACGGCUGCUGCGGCGCUUGGGGCGGGUUACUUGUGGACGCAUCGGGAUCGGUCGGUGUUGAUGGGUGUGGCUGCGAGGGGGUUGUCUCUUUCGGUUCUGAUUACGGCUUGUUUGUCGAGUUUCGUGCUGCUUCCUGCUUCGACUGUGAAUUAUCCGGGUGGGAGGGCGCUUGAUGCUUUGCAUUCUUACCAUGUCCGGUCUGGAUUGGGCAUGGAGGGUGUGAAUGUCUAUCUUGGUAAUUUGGCUUGUCAAACGGGUGUUACUCGUUUUGUGCAAUUGUCUGAUGAGUCUGGCUGGGUUUAUGACAAGACUGAGGAUGAGGCUGUCAAGUCUACUGGUGACUUUUGGGAUCGAUUUGAUUAUGUCCUGGUUGAGGCUUCGGGGGAGACUGGGUAUAUGGACAGUGAUGAGAUGAGGUUUAGGACCAUUCUUCCUUCUUCUUUGUGGGAGAGUGUUUACGUUGCUGAUUCGUUUGCUGGUAUCUCUAUUCUGAGACCAGGGACUCCUGCUACCGGAGCUGCUGAGAAGCGUAUUAUAAGCGCUGUUGGAGGAUCUAAAGCUGUUGAUGUUUUUGAGAGUGUGCGCGAACGUGUGAGAGGAAAUUUGUUGCGUGGGUGGUGGGUUGAGCUUAAGAUGAAGCCUAGGGUUCAGGUCUUAAGGAGGCUUAGAAGCGGAGUAAAAGGCUAA